AUGGCAGCGACGGCCUCGGCGUCGGCUGCUUUCCCCCCCGUGGCUACGGGCGGCGACCUCGAGGACAGCAACAUUUCCAGCCCUCUCAGCGAGGUCGACGAUAAGGAUGCGAACGACGAAGACAUUGAGCACAUGCACCUGGAUAGAGAACACCUCAGUCUCGGCCCAGAAGAAACCCGGGCCACCGAUCACGGCGGAUCCGACUCUGACAGCGCCCUUUCCGACGCAGGGUCUGACGUAAACUCUGAGGCCAACGAUACCGAAGCUGAAACCCUGAGACUCUAUGACACGCCGCAGGCCCAGAGGCACCGUGAUGUCGGAAUUGAGCGCUUCAAUGACGCAGAGCCAUUUGAGCACACUCCGAGCAAGCUCCGCAGGGCACUUGUCAACGACGAAGACGAAGAAGACGACGAAGACGAAGAGAAUGAUGACCACGAACUGCCAACAAAACCUGUCAUGGUGAUUGUCAAGACCGAGGAAGAUGCCCGCCGUGACUCGCAGGAGCGGAAGCGGAAGCGAUCUGCCGCCGCUGAACAAUCCGAUCUGGAGCAGCCGGUGAGGAAACGCACAGGGUCAAUAUCGGCUGCCAACGGAGAUGGCGACGACCAUCUGGCAACGGGGGAGGAUGACGCGACACCGGCUGCGAACCUCCCAAGCGGAGUCCCGUCUCCCGGGGACGAAGAGACUUCUGCCACGAACCGAGAUACGCCACAGGAUGAUGAGAUUCCCGAAGUCCCAAGAAAGACUAAGCGCAGUGGCUCCAAACGGAAGAAUGUCAUUGCAGAUGAUGCCGACAGUGAAUCUCAAGCCGAAGUUCGUGACGAGCAGAACGACACUGCUGUAGAAGACGAGCCCGAAGCCGACCACGCCGAAGAGGAAGCGGAACCCGAAGCUGAUGAAGAGACUGACGCCGCAGCGAGGAAUCUGGAAGAAUUGGAGAAGAAACAAGCCGCCUACCGGGACUGGACCCAGAUCGAGGAAAUGUUUGGUAUCUUCAGAGAUCGACUUUACAAAGACAGGCUACAGCGACUCGAGGAAGAAGAACAAUCGUUGCAUGCCCCAGAGCCUACACACCCUGAAUACCUCAAUAUGAAGCAAUGCCUUGAUGAUCGACUAGAGCAGAAGCUGCAAGCUAUCAACAGAGAGCACGAAUACCGGCUCAAAGCCCUAGAACGGCGCGCAGUGGCACAGAGAGCUCAAAUAUGGGGCCAGUACUUCCAAGCCGUUCGAGAGAAGCGAGAACAAUCUUUGGAGGGCCUGAAUAGGCAGUGGUACGAUGUCCAGAGUGCUCGACGAAGUGCACACAGUUUGCCGGACUAUGGCCUAUUGUUCCCAAAAGAUCCUGCACAGCGUGUCAGGAAUGCGAUUGCCUACAACACCGAGGUGUCGACACUCGCCGGUCUCGCCAAAUACGAAGGUUUCCCGGCGGGGCCAGAGCUUCAAGGGGCAUCUGCAUCAGAGCUGGAAGCUGAUAUGGCCGCCAUGGAAGUGAGUGUGAGAUUCUCCAUAAAGCUGGCCAUUCUGUAAAG